AUGAAGCAACACGCUGAAGAGCGUCUCCAGGCUUUCCUAACCAGGUUUAACCUUACCAAGAGCAUGGUUAUUGAAUGCCAUCCUUCAACGGCAGUUCAAGCAUUCAUUCUGGCUAUGAAUCGUGGCACCCCGUUCCACACAAGUUUGGUGGUCAACACGCCGAGGACUAUGGAUAAACUCAACGAAAGAGCCGAUGGAUUUGUACGCUUGGAAGAAGAAGAGGCGGCAAACGCUCGGAAGACAUCCGUUAUAUCCACGGAAGAAAAGACCAAAGCAAAGAUCAGGCAAAAACAGGUCCAACCGCAACGCUCCUCGUGGAAAUCUGAGAAGAGGCCCAGAGAGGAAGAGCUGAUUACUCCAUUGAAAGUUACCCUAAACCGGCCAAUGGAGCAUGUGAAGAAGAAUCAGAAGUCGAAUUCUCACAACACGCAACCAGUUCGAGUAAUUAAUGCAAUUCACAGUCGGCCAGAACCUGCUGAGGAAUCAGAUGAAUUGCUUCGAACACGCCUUCGUCAGGCACGGAUGAAGAGAAGGAUAGGCAGUGUAAACACUCUGCACCAGCAGAGCGCAUCAAAGCAGAUAAAGUUUGACGUGAUAGACUUGUUGCGUGUUCAGAUCCCUCACAAGGACCCGCUGGUCAUAAGUUUGACAGUGGCCAAAUGCUUGGUGCGCAGAGUUCUAAUUGACCCUGGAAGUAGUGCGAACAUCGUGCCAAGAGAUACAUUCGAUCGGCUCGAGAUCAAACAGGAUCAGCUAAAAUCCACCGGGAAUCCACUAGUAGGGUUUGAUGGAAAGCGAAUGGAGCCCGUCGGCACGGUGGAGGUAGCGGUGCAUGCUGCCGAGAGGGUUUUGAUGGAAACCUUUGUAGUUGUUGAAAUUCAUCCCUCUUACAAUCUUCUAAUGGGCAGAGGGUGGAUCCACAGGGUUCGAGGUGUUCCUUCCACUCUGCAUCAGGUAAUGAGAUGCCUAGCACCAGACGGAACCAAAGUGAUUGACAUUCAUGGAGACCAAGUUGCAGCUAAAUAA